UUUAGGCUCGAACAAUAAUUACUGUGACAGACCAAGUAAUCCAUAUCCUCCGAAGAUGGGCUAUCAUCGCAAAUGUUUAUAGCAAGUUGGAAACACUGGUGACGAAAACGAGCUGAUAGGCUUCCCCUUCUUUCUCACUAUGGCGACGGUGGCAAUUUACAGCCUUUUCAUCAUCAACAAGUCUGGUGGCCUUAUACACUACAAGGACUAUGGUUCAGCAGGGAGAAUGGACACCAACGACAGUCUACGGUUGGCAAGUCUCUGGCAUUCAAUGCAUGCUAUCUCACAGCAGUUAUCCCCUACCCCUGGCUGUAAUGGCAUUGACCUCCUACAAGCCCACAACUUCGACCUUCAUUGCUUCCAAUCUCUCACAGGGACAAAAUUCUUCGUUGUAUGCGAAACAGGCGCUCCGAACAUGGAAUUUUUGCUGAGAACGAUUUACCAGCUCUACACGGAAUUUGCCUUGAAGAAUCCGUUCUAUGAGAUGGAGAUGCCGAUUCGGUGUGAGCUCUUUGAUUUCAACCUAGCUCAAGUUAUCCAGAAGGAUCGAGUCGCGCUUCUGGGCCGGUGAAACAUGUCAAAGAAAAAUACUUUGAACCAUCUUUUCAAAUAUUCUGAUUCUUGUAGUGGCUGCUGCCCUUCAGUUUGUUCAGCCAGAGAAACCUUUUUUUUUUCCUUUGAAUGUAUUGCUGAUAACAAAUGGCGUGAGUGCCGUUUUGCUCAAUCGUGCGUCUGUAAAUUGGUUCGGCGGUGUUGAGUUGCAACAUUUCACGGAGACAAAUGUUCAGCUUGGACUUCCAAUUCUCCAUCGUUUGACAGGAUGAUGCUAUGUGCACGUGC